AUGAUAAUAAUUAAUAAAUUAUCAUUGCUGUUAAUUUUUGUCUACAUCACUGUACGAUGCAAUGGAUAUUUCACUGUCAAUAACUUAGACUCAUUAGAACAGAACAAUGUGAUCUGCCAAUCCUGCAAAGAACCUCCUUUUCAACCAACAUGGGACAGCUUGGACAGCCGUAAGUUACCCAAAUGGUACGACGAUGCAAAAUUUGGAAUUUUCAUCCACUGGGGAGUAUUUAGCGUUCCGAGUUUCAGCUCUGAAUGGUUUUGGAAGCACUGGAAAGACGAAAACGGUACCGGCAAAAUAACCGAUUUUAUGAAACAGCACUACCCACCGAAUUAUUCUUAUCAAGAUUUCGCUCGAGAUUUCACUGCGGAUUUCUUCAACGCAACUCAAUGGACAGAGUUAUUUGCUGCAGCGGGUGCUAAGUAUGUAGUAUUGACCAGCAAACAUCAUGAAGGAUAUACUUUAUGGCCCUCCAAGUACUCUUUCAGCUGGAACGCUAAGGACGUUGGGCCUCAUAGAGAUUUGAUAGGUGAACUUGCCCGUGCAAUAAGAAAAACUCCAAUAAAAUUUGGACUGUAUCACUCUUUGUACGAGUGGUUCAAUCCCAUGUGGGAGUCGGACAAGAAGUCAAAUUUCUCCACUAGCGAGUUUGUCACUUACAAAAUAAUUCCUGAGAUGAUGGAGCUCGUAAAUACUUAUCAGCCAGAAGUACUUUGGUCUGAUGGUGAAUGGGAAGCUCCGGAUACUUACUGGAAAUCCAAAGAAUUUUUAGCUUGGUUGUUCAAUCAAAGUCCAGUUAAAGAUACGGUUGUAGUCAAUGACCGCUGGGGGCAUGAGACGCUCUGCCAUCACGGCGAUUUUUAUACUUGUACUGACAGAUACAAUCCAGGAGUUCUGCAGAAGCAUAAGUGGGAAAAUGCAAUGACAAUUGACAAAAAAUCAUGGGGCUUCCGUCGCAAUGCCGCUUUAAGUGAAUAUUUAACAACAGCAGAGUUAAUUAAAGAACUAGUAAUUACCGUAAGUUGCGGUGGUAAUUUAUUAAUGAACGUUGGGCCAACGAAAGACGGGAUUAUUCCUCCAAUUUAUGAAGAACGGCUUAGAGAAAUGGGUCAAUGGCUAAAAAUAAAUGGAGAAGCUAUUUAUUAUACUCGGCCUUUUGCUAUUCAGAAUGAUACCCUGAGUAAAGAUGUCUGGUACACUCAAGGUAACUCGGGGGAUACAAGAACUACAUAUGCAAUUGUUUUGACCUGGCCUGCAAAUGAUUUGCUGCCUUUAUCUGUUCAUUCUGCCUCUAAGCUCUCUAUUCUCGGCUACGAAGGAUCUUUUAAGUGGGAACGAAUGAGAGAUAAUAUAAAAAUUUACCUGCCACCAGCCGCUCACAGAGGCCAGUCAGCUUGGGUUAUAAAAAUACUGUGGUGA